AUGGAGAGCCCUUCAUUUUCAUCGCUGAACGAUCCUUCCAUUGACUUCCACGUCCCACAGCCCGUACACGAGCUAGCUACGUCUGCCGUGGCUUCCGGCCUUCUUUCUCUCCAGCCGCCCUCGCCCCUCGAUUUUGACGACACCAUCGGCGACACCGACUCCACGUCAGCCACAAUCGACGUCUUUGGUAGCACCAAUGCCACGUCUGAGCCUUGGGAGGAGGCUCUGCGCGCUCAGCUCGCCACUUGGUUCGAAGACCCGGACUUUGUCGACGAGGUUCCGUCGAUGGACGUCGUCCCUGGCGACAAAGGCGUCGGUCUUAAUCUUGACGGAGAAGCGAUCGUCGCGCUUCCUCCCGACGCCGUCUUUUCUAUGCUGUGCAACGCGCACAACCGCCGAGUUUAUAAGAAUGUCAAGGCGGCGAAGAACGAGCGCAUCGUGAGUGACUGUAAUGGGGUGAAGGUUUGCGAAAUGGACUUCACGCUCACCUUCAGACUGCCCCCCUUUACAGGAACGUUCGACUCGCACCUGCUCUUUGUCUAUGAUCGCCCGAAGCGCAGGGUGACGUUCACACAAACGCGCCCCGGCUUCAUGCGCAGGUUCGAAGGCUACUGGCAGGUCGAGUCGCUCCUCGUCCCAGCUUCCGCUGCCUCCUCUUCCUCCCCCUCUUCCUCGCCCUCUUCCCCCUCCCGCCCUUCUUCCCCCACUUCCUCCGCCCCCUCCCCCCCCGUCGGCACCUUCGGCUCGUCCCCGCAAUCACCGCUCUCCGAAGUUUGCGGCGGCCAGGGUGAUCGCGAUUGGUCUGAGGAUCUUGCUGGAGCUUUUGCCGCAAGCAGCGGCAAUGGUUACCGCACGGCGUCGCGGCUGGUGUUGCAUCAGUUCGUGCUGCCGCCGAUCGCGCCGCCGAGCAUUUUCAAGCGCUGUCUGCGCGCCCUGCUCCGCGAGUCGACGCGCGAUCUGCUUGUAGUUUUCCAGGAGGAGGCCGCGCGGAUCCGCCGCAACAAGGGGAAGGAGAAAGCGGAGGAGAAAGGGAAGGCCGGGAAGAGCUCGAAGCUGGGUGCGCUGUUUUUGCACAAGGAGGCGCUUGGGGGGAAGAAAAGUGGGUUUAGCGCGGGGAAGGGGAUUUUCGGGUUGAAAAAAUCGGCGCAACGGAAGGGGGCGUGA